AUGCCUAAAGGUUCGUAUAAAGUCUUCUGAAUAUUUUCCAUUUAUAUAAAUAUUUUAGAAAAACCAACAAAUGAUAAAAACAAAAAUGUCGACGCAAAAACGUUUUUCACGGAUCUGGCAACAGGCGGAACUUCCGCCGCUAUUGCCAAAACAAUCGUCGCUCCCAUUGAUCGCGUGAAGCUUCUUCUUCAAGUUGAUUUUGUCUCUUUUUUUUUCUUAGAAAUAAUUACUUUUCAGUCUCAAGAUGCCUCGACGACCAUUACCAAAGACAAGCGCUAUAAGGGAAUCAUCGACGUUUUAACCAGAGUCCCCAAAGAACAAGGCUUCUAUUCGUUGUGGAGAGGUUUUUCUUACAUUGUGAUGCAAAAAUCAAUCUUUUCAGGAAAUUUGGCUAACGUACUGCGAUAUUUUCCUACGCAAGCGCUGAACUUCGCCUUCAAAGACACCUACAAAAAAGUCUUCAUAGGAAACUUAAACAAAGAUAAAGACUUCUGGAAGUAUGGAACUUUUCGAGUUACCUUCGUCAAUUUCCAAAUUUAAGAUUUUUUCUCGGAAAUCUGGCGUCCGGAGGUGCUGCUGGAGCCACGUCUCUUUGCUUCGUGUAUCCUCUCGACUUUGCCAGAACUCGACUAGCCACAGACAUUGGGAAUGGCGAAAACCGAGAGUUCAAAGGCCUGGGCGACUGUCUCGUGAAAAUCGUCAAGUCUGACGGGGUAGUAGGGCUUUAUCGGUUGGUAGAAUUGGUAGGCUUCAUAAUUGGUUUCAUCAUGUUUAGAGGCUUCCUGAUUUCAGUACAAGGAAUUUUCAUCUAUCGUGCAGCCUAUUUCGGGCUAUUUGACACAGGAAAAACGAUGUUCAUGAAAGAUGGAAAGCAACUAAACUUCUUUGCCGCAUGGGCUCUGGCCCAGGUAAGCCUCUGUUCUCUCGGAUAUCAAAUACACGAAUCUUUUAGGCCGUGACAGUGACGUCAGGACUGUUUUCGUAUCCUUGGGACACUAUUCGACGCAGAAUGAUGAUGCAAUCCGGUCGCAAAGAUAUUCUGUAUAAAAACUCUCUGGACUGCGCGAAAAAAAUCGUCCGCGAUGAAGGGCUGUCCGCAAUGUACAAAGUAAGUCUCGUGAAAUUAUAUUCUGCGCAUUGCAGUUCUUGUCAAAUUUCUUGCAAAAUGCUACUUGAAAUCUUUCUGUUUUUAUUGUGCAUUCAACGCAAUUUUUUAGGAGAUAAACAAAAAUUCUAGUUAGUGUUAAUACAGGCGAGAUGAAAUUUAGAAGACCCAUGUUACCAACUCUAUAAAUUACCAGGAUAUGCCAUUAGAGUAGCCGGCAAUCCAUAAAAGGAAAAGUAAAGGGAUUUGUGUACAGACCUGACAUUUCUCAUCUGCUCGGACAUCCGUCCAUGCCUAGGGCUUGCAGCGGCCGGAGCAUGACGCCGCAGAACAAACACGAAAAGCUUUUGUCCAUGUCCGCGUUGCUCUUUCGAGACCUGUAAAAAAAGAAAACUGAAAGAAACUUGAAAUAGUAAACAUACAUAACGCUUGAUGCGUAAGCUGAUUUUUGAACAAAAAAAUGUUGGAAUAAUCCUCAAUUUUUCUACAGGGAGCUUUGUCGAAUGUGUACCGAGGAACUGGAGCGGCGCUCGUUUUGGCCUUCUAUGACGAAAUCAAAAAACACAUCGACUAG